AGAAUUCCACAUUAACCCCCGCCCCCCGAGCCCUCUGAUUGGCUGCUACGGGAGAAUUCCACAUGAACGUGUUUUCCCGACAUGACAUAAAACAGUCCCGCUGACUCCAUGUAGUUACUUCACUGCUGGCUCUCCCCCCGACUCCACAAAGAAAAGCACUUCCACAGAAGACAUGUUUAAGCCGGUCUUCACCGUCCUGCUCGGCCUGAGUCUCGGGCUGGUGAGCGCGUUCCCCCCCCCGCAGGAGGACCCGGACGGUGGGAAGCACUGGGUGGUGAUUGUAGCUGGCUCCAACGGCUGGUACAACUACAGACACCAGGCCGAUGCGUGCCAUGCCUACCAGAUCGUCCACAAGAAUGGAAUCCCGGACGAGCAGAUUGUGGUCAUGAUGUUCGAUGACUUGGCACACAAUGAGAAUAACCCCACCCCCGGGAUAGUGAUCAACAGACCGAAUGGCACAGAUGUGUACAAAGGGGUUCCUAAAGACUACACCGGGGAGGACGUGACCCCACAGAACUUCCUGGCCGUGCUGAAGGGUGACUCCUCAAAUGUCAAAGGUGGCUCUGGAAAAGUGUUGAAAAGCGGCCCCAAAGAUCACGUGUUCGUGUUCUUUGCUGACCACGGAGCGCCUGGGAUUCUGGCCUUUCCCAAUGACGACCUCAGUGUGACCGACCUGCAAGACACCAUUACCUACAUGCACGCAAACAAGAAGUACAAAAAGAUGGUGUUCUACAUCGAGGCGUGUGAGUCCGGCUCAAUGAUGAACCACCUGCGUGCCGACAUUGAUGUGUACGCCACCACAGCAUCCAACUCCCACGAGUCGUCCUACGCCUGUUACUAUGACGAGAAGAGGGACACGUACCUGGGGGACUGGUACAGCGUCAACUGGAUGGAGGACUCCGAUGUGGAGGAUCUGAAGAAGGAAACUCUGAUGAAGCAGUUCAAGAUCGUGAAGAGCCACACCAACACCAGCCACGUGCAGCAGUUUGGAAACAAGACUUUGGCCCACAUGAAGGUCAUCGCGUUUCAGGGUAACGCCAAGGCCAGCGGCCGGCCGGCUCCUCCGAUGAGCCUGCAGCCAGUUACAAAUGCAGAUCUGACCCCGAGCCCUGACGUUCCUCUGGCCAUCCUCAAGAGGAAGAUGAUGGCCUCCAAUGAUAUCAGAGUCGCCAGAGGGCUGCUGAUGGAGAUCGACUCCCACUACAAGGUCAGGGAGAUGCUGGCUGAGACUAUGCGCCACGUGGUUGAGCAGGUGACCGGCAACAAGUUGAAGGCGGAGCAGGUUCUGGGCGAGCAGGUGGACCUGUCCCAGCAUCAGUGCUACAUGGCUGCAGUCAACCACUUCAAACACAACUGCUUCAACUGGCACAGAACUGAGUAUGAAUACGCUCUGAGACAUCUGUACGCUCUGGUGAACCUGUGUGAGAGAGGAUACUCCGCCGACAGCAUCCAGCGUGCCAUGGACUCCGUGUGUGUCUUCAAGAAUUAAAAGUGUUUCUACAAAUCUUUGAAACUGCUUCCAUCCCGUGAGGAGACCCGAGAAGACGGAGCUUCUCUUUGCACUGCUUGGGAAUCAAUCUGACGUCGACACGAUAACACUUUUUUAUUUUUAACUUGUGAUGUGUUUUUGAUUUUACUGAGAACUUUUACACUUGUCUCACGAUGAGCUGCACUGUGAAAGGUUUGAAUAAUGUUUUACUGCCUCUGAUUAUUCAUAAAAUAGACAAUAAUAACAUGGAAUUCAUGUGAAUGUGUUUAGCUCUUAGCUGUAUGUGUGGGAUGCACGGCAUGCAUUGACAUGUAAAGAAGGUACCACUGAACAUUGAAUGAUUUUUGAACUUGAAUCUGUUGCAACACGGGAUCUUUAAUAAACCUGAAAGACCAAAAACUGCAACUUC